UGUCAUUUGUUGUUGCUGUCAAAACGAGGUUGCACGUCGUCGUGCGAACAACACAAAUCUCUCUCGCGCGCUGCCCUUUUAAAUAUUAAAUUAUUAAAAAUAUAUAAAUAAAAAAUAUAGAAAUAUAACUUAACAAAAGAGUAAUAAAUAAAUUUUAAAAUAAUUAAAAAAAAAACACCACGUUUCAAAAUAUCAAAGUUUAAGUUUCAAUCCACCAAACGAAUAAGUAAAAGGAAAUUAAGAAAAGGCAAUGAAAUCAUUUAAAAUAUCAUCAUCAUAAUCACUAGAGAUAGAGAAGCGAAUUAUUUUAAUUUGGAAGCACGUGUAGUAAAGAAAUAAAGUAUUAAAGUAUAGAAAAUAGAAAAAUAAAGCAGUUAAGUUCAAGUGGGAUUUAUUUUUCUUUGAUUUUGCACGAAUAAGCAAAGUAUAUGAAAGUGGAAGAGCAGUGAAAUUGAAAUAGCAGUUUGCGCAACAUAACGAAGUUUUUGUCAUCGCUCAUCGUAGAUUACACUGUAUUGCAACUUGCAGCUCCUAAACAGGUUUUUGCGGCUGUUUUUGUCCAUUGGAAUUUGUGUGUGUCGACGAUUUCUCUUUUUCGUUUCGUUCAAAUGCAAGAAAGGAUUUAGAUGUCUUGAUUUUCGUGCAAAUGUUUGAAUUUCAUACGAAUUUUUUGUUUUUUUGUUUGAAUUUGAAGUGAAUUUCGGGAGGACAUAACGACGACACAACAAGCGUGUGUGUUGUCCUUUUUCUCCAAGACCUGCAUCGACCACAAAACCAAAACGAGUUCUUAUUUUGAAAAAGUGCAUCGCAGAAAAACAAUCUAAAAAUGGUGCAGGCUUUAGAUGAAUGUGAUGUUCAAACGGACUUACCACAAGCGAUUCAGCUUCUUGGAGAAAUGAAUAGCAAUGUUAAACAAGUGACAGAUUUAGUUGAGGGUAUGCUGCAGCGAGUGAAACGUGGUGAAUUAACAACAGAAUAUGGCUUAAGUUUUCUUGAAGUUAAAUAUCACAUGUUAUUGGAUUAUUUAAUUAAUCUCACCUAUGUUGUUCUUAGAAAAUGUUCAGGGGAAACAAUAGAAGGUAAUCCAUCCAUCGAAAGACUUAUUGAAAUUCGAACAGUGUUGGAGAAAAUCCGCCCGAUUGAUUAUAAAUUGCGUUAUCAAAUUGAUAAAUUAGUUAAAACUGCUGUAACUGGUGUUUCGGAUUCAUCGGAUCCAAUUUUGUACAAACCAAAUCCAGAAAAUAUGCUGACGAAUUACGAUGAUGAUGACGAUUAUGAUGAACCUGCGUCUAAUUCAGAAUCAGAACAAGAAGAUGAUGAAGCGGAAGCUGAUGAAGAAGCCACAGUUAAACCCAAAAAGUCAAUAACAGCGACGAAAAGUGGAGUUUAUGUGCCGCCUAAAAUAAAACCAGUCUACUAUGAUGGUGAUGACAAACCUGCUGAUCGGGACAAGAAAUUAAUUGAACGUGCUAAAAAGAGGGCUAUGACGACCUCAAUGCUACAAGAUUUGAAAGAAGAGUACCUUGAUGCACCAACGGAAAUCUCGUCCGGCUCUAGAGCCCAGCAAAUAAUUUCAACAGCACAAAAAGAAAAGCAGGAAUACGAAGAGGCUUAUCUGACACGUCUGCCUGUAACAAAAGCCGAAAAGCACCGGCAAAGAAAACUCACCACACUUGGUACAAUUGGUGACGAUAUUCUAAACGAAAUAAGUCGUGAUCCAAAAUUAUCAACCAGUGGAGGUGGUAGUAAUAAAAGAAAGAAGAAGGCCGGCAAGAAACGUGGUGGUAAAAAAAGGAAAUUCCAUUAGAAAUAGCUUUUGAUAAUAAUUUCCAUUCAUAUUAUUUUCUUUCCUGAUUAAUUUUUUCCAAAAUGUUUGUUUUUUUUUGCUAAAAAUAAAAAAAAUAUAUUUUAAAACCAACCAACAUAAAUAUAUGUACGUGUACGCGCAUAUAUCUAUUUUAGUCUUAAGAUAUUAAUUGGUUUUACCUUUUUAUAAUUAUAUUCAAAAACAAAAGAAAAACAAAAACAAAAAGAAA